UCAAGAUUAGGUUUUCAAACGCAUUGUAAUAACAGCAUCCGCGACAUCGCGAGUGAGCUCUCGUUCGUUCCUCCUCCCACAUAGCCGGCUUCUAUCUCCGAGUGCGAGUAGGUCCCGAUCCGAUAUCCCAACCCGAUUGUUUUAUCUUUUCGGGAACGAGGAAGUUUACGUGGUCGUGUUGACGUGGCGAUAUCCAACGGGUCGAAAUGCUGAGGUCACUAUUCGUUGCUUUGGCCGUUUCGGCGGUAUUUGCUGGUGUGCCGACCCCUGAAGAGACAAAGCGGCUCAUGGAUCGGCUAUCGGAGUCGGAACAUUUUAAGAAUGAGCACCAUAAUAAGCAGUUUGAUCAUGACGCCUUUUUGGGUGAAGACCAGGCUAAAUCAUUUGACCAACUGCCUCCUGAAGAAAGUAAAAGGAGACUGGGAAUAAUCGUGGACAAGAUUGAUGGGGACAAGGACGGGUUCGUUUCGCUCGUUGAGCUGAAGGACUGGAUCCGGUACACUCAGAAGCGGUACAUCAACGAGGAUGUCGACAGGCACUGGAGGCAACACAACCCCAGCAAUGAGGAGGUUAUUCCUUGGGAGACAUACAGAAAGAAUGUGUACGGCUUCAUGGAUGAGAUGGAUGAUAAGGAACUUAAGAUGCCCAACAGUGAGGGAUUCACGUACAAGAACCUUCUCAAGAGGGACCGCAGGAGGUGGACCUAUGCUGACGCUGACUUAAACGAUGCUCUGAACCGCACGGAGUUUGCUGCCUUCCUUCACCCGGAGGAUCACUCAGAGAUGAGAGAUGUGGUCGUGCUUGAGACUAUGGAGGACAUUGAUAAAGACAAGGACGGCAAGGUGUCUCUGGACGAGUACAUCGGUGACAUGUACAAGCCCGAGGAUGGUGAAGACGAAGAGGAGCCCGACUGGGUCAAACAGGAGAGGGAACAGUUCACCGGAUACAGAGACACAAACAAAGACGGUUUUAUGGAUGAAAAUGAAGUCAAAGACUGGAUCGCACCGCCUGAGUUCGACCACGCUGAGGCAGAGGCAAGACAUUUAGUCUUCGAAGCUGACACUGACGCUGACGAGAAACUGACUAAGGGAGAAAUCUUAGACAAAUACGACCUCUUUGUAGGCUCCCAAGCUACAGACUUUGGUGAGGCACUAGCACGUCACGACGAGUUCUAAAUAUAUUAAGCAGAUGUUAUUAAUAGCUAAUGUUUCAGUUUUCCAGUGUUCGGAAUUUCUCGCCAUAAUGUAUAAACGAUAGAAAGUUUUCAAAUAAAGCCAGCCGCAUUUGAAAUUCGGAUAUUGUACUUAGUAAUAGCAGCUAUUAAAUAAGGUAAAGAUAAAAAGUUUCAUGUUGACUAUUUUUAUAAAUAGGAAAUUUAAAUAUAUUACGGCUGGUAACACUUUCUGUACAGAUAAUAAAAAUACAUUUUAAUGUUUAUAUUUUAAUUCUCCAAGUUGCCUUUGCGUACAAUCUAAUUUAUAAGAGUAAAUGGAAUUGUUGUUAAUGUUCAAUAGAAUCUCUGAGUGUCAGUAAAAAUCAUAUUUUUAAACAAAUAACUUAGAUUUAAGUUUCUUAGUUUCUAACGACAAGACCAAAGUUAUUUUCCAGUUAUGAUAUAAAAAAAAAUCGAUCUUGAAUAUUUUCGGAAUCUUAUUUUAUGGAUUUGAUUGAAGUAUUUUUUUAUGUAUUUUAAUUUUGUCUAUCGACUUGCAUUUAUUUUUUAUACGUAUAGAUUUUUAUAUUUAAAUUUAAAUAUGGGGAAAUUAUGUACAGCCAUAAAAAUAACCUAAACAAUGUGUAAUGACUCACAGCCAAUUUUUGUUACUGGCAGCUUAAUUAAGCUUGAUAUGCUAUGCGAAAUUAAACUUCAUUUAUUCAUUCC